UAAACAAACCGCUAUAUAUAAAUUAUCGACGCUUACAUGCUUAUAACAACCACAACCAUAAAUCUAAACAAAAGACUUAAGACACAAACUUGAACUACAAUUUUCAACUUAUUUAUUACAACAGCCCUACACACUACCGCCUAUCAACCAAUCUACAUUUAAAUACAUAAAAUAUGUCUAACCAACAACAAUACGAAAUCAAAACUUAAGAAUGAAUACGGCAUGCAAUAGCUUAAUUAAGUUUGGGAACAUUUUUAAUGCGCGCUGCCUGCUCAAGCACAAACUAAAACUAAAAAUAUGCAAAUACCAACAAUAAGAACAACAGCAACACCUUCUACUAACAACAUUGUAGGGGCUAAAACAAGAGCAAUUAGUUAAUAUUUACGGACGUUUAUGCUCUUUUUCACACAUUCUUAAUUGUAGCAGGCAGCGAGCGUAGACUGAAUGAAGAUCAAACAACGAUCAGAGACAGCAAUGCUCACCUUCAUUAUUAUCGUGUUGAGUGAGCGUGAGCUGCUCUCUGCUGACGGAAGAGUGUGAGCGCCGUGUGUGUAAACAGUGGCGCACGUUGCAUGCCCCGCACGAACUCCAUGAACACACACACAUGCGCUCGUGUGUCAACGUUCGGCAAAUAUUUGUAAUUGUCCCCAGUGAGGUGAGGACCAAGGCGCAUAAGGUCCUAACUAUGACGAGUGUAACGCAUAUUGUGGCACUUCAGGUGGUUCGCAGCCGCUCAGGUGGUCUCUGCUGGUGUUUGUGAGUCACAAAUUUUUCAUGUGACUGAGCUGAGUGUGCACGCUCAGUGCGGUGAGCGCGUCGGUUGGUUAGAUGACUGUCUCAGCGUUUGCAGUGUGCUGUGGCGCCCAGCCUGCUUUAAUGUGGUGUUGUGAGCGUUUUCCAGUCAGUCUGCUGUUGAAUUUCGUUGCGUGCGGUGCGCUACACGGUUACCAUAUUUUGUGCGGUGCUUUUUAAAAUAAUAUAUUGCAUUAAUAAAAAUGCCAAAAAACUAAGCGAAUUGCGUUUAUUGCAACUUCUAUAUAAUAUCAUUGAAGUUUUACGAAAAAAUAUUGCACAAUAAAGUUCGUGUUAUAUUACAAACAAUCCGUUUGUGCCGCUAUGAGUGUUUGCUGGCCGAUGUUAUCUUAAGUACUUUGUGCAAAAACGAAAAAAGAAAAAUAUAUCGCAGUCACGAAAAUUAUUGUUGUUGCACACAAAAACUGUUCGCGCAAAUGUAUAGUUGUCGGCGCCGUUCACCAUAUUUGUUUUUUAACACCGUUUAGUGAAUGUAGACAAUGAAAACCAAAAUUUAUUGAACACAUAUUUAUGCUAUUUCAAUUUUGAUUGUCACACAAAAAUUGUCAUUGCUUGUGGCGCUUAAAAACGGUGUUGCAUAUGAAAGGAAUGUGUUAGCGCCAAACGAAAGUGUCGGCAAAAACACUAAAAAGGAUUUAUCGACAAUAAAAUUGAUGUUUGGGAAGAACUAUUUGCGCUAGCGAAUUUAUUCUGCAAAUUCAGUGCGCUCACCGACGGCAAAAGUGGAAUAUCUGAUUGGAAAAGUAAACAUAAAAAACACUUAUGAGCGCAUUUAUAAAAUCAAAAAAUGUAGCUUCGUAAACUACAAUCGAAAAAGUGUAAUUUACAGAAGAAAGUAAUAAAAAAGGUUUUACCAGAAAAAAAAAAUUAUGAAAGCUUAUAUUGAAAAUGCGAAAGAAUUGACCCAGAACCUCUCACAUACUGUUUAAUACAAUCUAAAAACCACAACAAUAACCUUAAGCUCGAAUAAAAACUAAAUGCUAGUGAUUUUAAUAACAAAAAAAGAAACUGAAAAAAUCUCCACAGCAAAAAAUUACGUAAAAACAUUAAAAAAAAAUAAAAAAUUUGCGAGUGAAAAGUUUAAAACAAAAGGACCUCAAAUACAAUGGCGGCAGCCACAAAGUGAACACAAAAAACGUUAAGCGUGCGAACUUUUAUAUAAAAAGCAUUGGAGCUUUCACGAUUUGAAGAUUUCAUAAGUUGAAACCUUCAACAUUUGCAGUUUUAAUCAGUUGAAGCUUUCAUCAUUCGAAGCUUUCAAGCACCUACUUAAUUUUAAAAUAAACAAAAAAAAACAUGCAGGACAAUUACAAAAUCGACACACAAAUGCAUGCAAAAUCGAAUAAACGAACUUGUCCGAACGAUAGCGCAUGCCAUAACAACAAAUCGCAUUUAUACCCCACACCGCCAACGAAAGCUCCUGUCGACAUUAAUACAGCACAAAAUUCAAUCAAUACAAUCACCGCAACGCUCGGUGAUUUAAACGAAAUGCCACACUACCGUUAUGGCGGUAGUGAUUCAUUAGCGUCCACCUUAUCAUUGCUACCGCUUGGACGACGUCGUUGGUUUCAACGACAAACUUGCUUACUUUGCAUUUUGGCGGCCUUCAUCUGCGGUCUAUUCCUCGGCAUAUUCGUGCCAAUGGUGGAUUUGAGUAAUGUCUUCUCGAAUUUAGCAACGGAUCCAGCGCAUCGUACCCUGCUGCCUGCCGUUGUAGCUAACGAACGCGUACCGAUUGGAUUAACUGCUUUAGAUUGGGAACCGCUGCCUUAUGAUAAAGUCAAGUUGGGGACAACUUUGAAUCGUAAAACAUCGUCGAGUGCGCUCACAGGCAGCCGCAAGGAAGUGGCGCAACACAGCCCCUUUACUGUUGCCUUCAUUAGCGAACAUGAAGAGCGGAUUGGUGCGGAGGAAAUUUUGAGCGAUGGCACACAUAAUACUGACGACAGACGCGAUGCGCGUGUACAACGCACGGUGGUUGAACCAAUAGCGCGUUUGGCAGAGAAACGUACUGGAAAAAUGCUGCACAAUUUCGGCGAUCCAACAUGGUCGCAACCAAAUCCUCAAAACACCAACACUUUAACUCAGAAUAUAAUACAAAGACCGAACGCCCAGAAGGGACAACAGUCGGCAACACCAAAUGCACCGGGCAUCAUAAAGUCCAACAUCUACUGGGGUGAGCUGGUAGAGCGCGCUCUACCACAAGGUUUCAGCGCACAAGAUACACGUGACUGGAAUGCCUAUGUGACGUCCGAGACCGCCGUGCAACGCCUCGAAGCGGGUUGCGGUCGUAUGCAAAAUCGGCUGCUAAUCUUUCGUGAUGGCACACGCGCCUGUGCGCGCUACCGUCAAAACACCGAUCAAAUACAAGGAGAACUCUUCUCAUUCUACUUGGGACGCUUAUUGAAUAUGACAAAUCUUGCACCCAGCGCCAUACUCACUGUGAAUGUAGAGUCUGAGAAGUGGUCCAAUGUGGUGCAUGACAUAACGCAGGCGCAAUGGAAACAGCAGAGACCAGUGGUGCUAACGCGUUGGCUGCCCAACCUCGAGCCAGCCGGUAUACCACAACCUUUUCAACCGAUCGACCGUCAUCUAAACAAACAAGAUGUAUGGAAUAUAACUUUAGCGCUGACGACAACAGAUGGUAUGGGCGGUUCUGCUAGUGCUGACGAAUCCGAUAAUAUGUUCCAUCGAGAUUCUCACUCUCUGGAUUCCUCCAUAAAUAUAUCAAUUACGCCCAACUCGCUGGCACUAGAGCGCCUGGUGGAGCUCGCUCAAUGGUCGGACCUGAUAGUGUUCGACUAUUUGAUUGCGAAUCUCGAUCGUGUCGUCAACAAUCUCUACAACUUCCAAUGGAAUGCCGAAAUUAUGGCCGCACCGGCACAUAAUCUGGCGCGUCAGUCCAAUUCACAGCUCCUUAUCUUUCUCGACAACGAAUCCGGUUUGCUGCAUGGUUAUCGGUUACUUAAGAAAUACGAGGCUUACCAUGGUCUCCUGCUAAAUAACCUCUGCGUCUUUCGUGAGCCCACCAUACGCGCUUUGCGGCAGUUGCGCGAAGCAGGAGCGGGUCGUAAACUUCGUGAGAUCUUCGAACAAACGGCGAGCGCCGAAGUGCGUGAUGUGCUGCCAACAUUGCCGGAUAAAUCGGUGAAAACACUAAACGAUCGCAUUGAUCGUGUACUCGGACAGGUGGAUAAGUGUAAACAAAUGAUUAGUAAUAGCUAGUAACUUAUUCGCGACGGUGCUGAAGACUAGACUAUGUGUAGGCUCAAACGCAACAUUUGAGGUGCUCAGUGUAAAAAUGUAUUGUAAAUUAGUUAUGUCUAGAUGUAAAAAUAUUUAUGCUACAUUGCUAGUUAUUUGUAAUUAUCAUUACGUAAUUGAGGCGCUCUGAACAAGUCACUGUAAAGUCAUAGCUUUAAGCUUUUUAAUGUGUAUUAGUGUAAUUUUAAUGUCUUGAAAGUCAAAAGUCCUUAUCAAAAGACAUAACAAUUCUCAUUUGUUUGUGUGUAAAUCUGACUGAUAUGAGUUAAAUUAUUUAUACAUAUGUACAUACAUAUAUUGUGCUUGAGUCCAUGCAGGAUAUGCGAGCUUUUACUAUUUAUGCUAGAAUUACAUUUUACACUUUUCAUGUGGAGAUCGUUUUUAUUUUCGUUUUACAAAGUGAAGAGCUCUAAAUGAUUUGAGCUGCAAUGCUUACUCUGAAAUUAUAAAAUAAGAAGUCAUUAUUAAAUUGACUUAAGCAUUUUUUGGUAAAUAAUUUUGAGAUAUUGACUUAGUUAAAAUGCAUUUCUGUGGUGAUUUACUUUAUUUAUUUUCUCAAAUUAUAUAAAACUUGCCUCGCAUUCCAUAAACAAUUGCCAUAUACAAUGCCGAACGGGGGGGCUAAUCAAAAAUUAUUAGUAUAUUUCCUCUAAUUGUUGCCGCACCUUCAUAGAAAGCUUAGUUGUUUUGUAUGGAAACAGACUUCACCUAAAAUUUUUGGAAAAUACUUAAAACAUCUAAACCACUUUACGAUCCAAUUACUUAUCAUAGAUUGGUGCUUAAAAGCUCAGCGACAUCCGAAAUUAAAGAUCAAUAAAAAAUAUUUAGACUAGAACACCUUACAAUAUUUCAAAGAAUUAAGCUGUAUAUAUCGAAGACACCAUCCACUUCGAACUCCAAAUACUAAUUUUGCAAAGUUUCACACUUUUUAAGAUUUUCUGCAAUAGUUUUAAAGCAAGACCAUAUUUUUUUAAUUACCAUAAACCGUAGAAUCAGUUGCAUGACUUACAAUAUUUUUUCAUAUACUCAAAAGUAUGUACAUAUGUAUUCAAGUCACAAUGCCGCUAGUUUUUUUUAGCAUUAAUACCUAUCGGUUGUAAGUCGAAUUUUGUAAGGCAAAGUUAAGUGUUUUACGUGUGAUUUUGUGAGCAAAUUAGAAUACGAAAAAUAACUGUUUAAUCAUAAGUUUUUAUUUUCUACAUAUAGACAUAGAUAUAUAGGCCCGUUAAUGUCUAAAGAAUUGUGAUAUAAUAUUUAAGUGCGAUUUGUAUAUGUAUGUUAAUUUAUUUAAAUAUUAAUCUAAAUAUACAGAAACAAUAAAAUAAAUACUUACAAAAAUAUAUAUAAAUGAUUUUAUCUCAGUUGUACUCUCUUGUAAUGUUACCAAUUUCUAGUACUGAAACAUUCUGUGUUAUAUCGAUAAUUGGGUUCGAUAGAUAGCGUCACAAGUUUUUUAUGAAAAAUAUUUUAAUUUUUCUUAAAUUUUACAUGCUAUACAGUCCACCGUUUCUUUUGAUAAACCUAACUAUUAAUACUUUGUUGAUUGCAAUACAACUUUAUUUCCAAAUAAACACUCGAUUGAUAGCA